CGCGCGGGGGGCGGAGCGGCUGCAGCGUCGCCGCUGGGAGCGGAGCUGCUCUGCUGGGACCGGGAACGAGACCGGGACCCGAACCGGCAUCGGGAUCAGAACCGGGGUAGCGGAGCCGCACCCCUUCGAGCGGCGGGGCGGGCUGCGGUGCUCAGAGCGGCGCGUCCCCGGCCGGGACACGGCUCCGCUCCGGGUCAGCGCCGCUCCCUCCGCUCCCGGGCUCCGCUCCGCUCCCGGGCCCCGCCGCGGCGAUGCUGCCCGGGCGCUCCCCUCGCCGCUGCGCCUGAGGCGGGCGCGGGCGGCCAUGCAGCGCUCGCUGCCGUAGCUGAGCGCGGCGCUCGGGCCGGAGCCCGCGGCCACCCCCGGCGGCGCCGGCACCAUGAGGAACGGCGAUGACCUGGAGGGCUUCGACGGCGAGGCGUCCAGCGCCUCCAUGAUCUCGGCGGCCAGCAGCCCCUACCAGCCCACCACCGAGCCCGUCAGCCAGCGCCGCGGGCUGGGCGGCCUGCGCUGCGACCUGGACUACCUGCGGGGCACCUUGGGCAGGCUGAAGCUGGCCGAGGUGCUUUUGGCGCUGACCGCGUUCAUCUGCAUCGAGACCAUCAUGGAAUGCUCCCCGUGCGAGGGCCUUUAUUUCUUUGAGUUUGUGAGCUGCAGUGCACUGGUGGUUACUGGAGCUCUCCUGCUUCUCUUCAGUCUGAACCUUCACACAAGAAUACCCCAGAUCAACUGGAAUCUUACUGAUCUGGUCAACACUGGACUCAGCACUUUCUUCUUUUUCAUUGCCUCUGUAGUACUGGCUGCUUUAAACCAUAAAACUGGAGCAGAAAUUGCUGCUGUGGUGUUUGGUUUCCUGGCCAUGGCAGUGUAUGCUGUGAACACGUUUGUGGCUGUCAGUUUGUGGCGGGUGAGCAGCAGGCAGCCGAGCAGCCGGCAGAGCAGCGACUACAUCCGCGCCCGGACCGAGUCCCGGGAGGUGGUGCAGCGGCCCGAGAUCCAGCGCCUGGACGCGUGACAGCACCCGGGACUCGCAGGGAACAGCGCUCAGCUCCCUCAUGGAAUAAGGGUUUUGCUUUCCUGGAGGAGGAGAAGGUGGAUCCCAGGGUGGGGAGGAUGCCCAGCCCUGCACGCGUGCAGAGAUGCCGUGAGCCAGAAGCUGCUGUCAUGGAGGCACAAAGUGUUGGCCCUUCAAAAGGAAGAUCCCAUCAAGACCUCCACACAGACAUGUGCAUAUAUUAUAUAGCUCCUAGAGUAUAUAAUGUAUGUCUGCUCUGCAGUAUGUCAUUGUUCUGGAUUAACUGCACAGCAGUUGCCUUCCCUCCCUGAAGAUCCGCAGUUCCUUCGGCUGCCCAGGGACAGAGCAGCCCUGCCCUGGCUGGGAGGGAGGAGGGACAUCCAGGGGAGCAGAUGGAGCCCCCAGAUGUGCCAAGGAGCCAGGGCCACUCAGCAAUAACUCAGCCAGCGGGGCCUGUCCGUCCCUAACUGUGUCUGUGUGUCCUGCUCCCUUUGCCCUGAGCCUCUGCAAGCUGCUGGGGAGCCCUGCCUCGUGUCCUGCAGCUGCUGCCAAAGGGCCACUCUGGACUGGGCUGGGCUGGGCUGGGCUGGGCUGGGCUGGGCUGCUCACUGCUGCCCAUGGGAUGCACUCAGCGGCAGUAGGAGAUUGUCUGCUCCUGUUCUCAUUCCAAAGUGGGAAAUAAAUAUGUUUAGGAGAUGGGGUGGAGAAAAGGGGCUUGAAGGGCACAGUAGAGAAUGAAGGGGUUGUCAUCCUAUAGAUUUACAUUCCAGCCAUGGCUUUCUUCUUUUUUUAUUUUUUUUUCCUUUUUUCUGUUUUUUUUAAAGGUUCAACAUUUCUAGAAGUUUUUGCUAGAACUUGCUUUCCCUCUUAGCCCAGGGUAAGCAAGAACUAGCAAAAAUUUAUGUGCUUUUAAAGUGUUCCUAAGGUUACAAUGUUGUGAUUCAUGUAAGGUAAAUAUUUCUUUUUGGAAGAAUUGUUGGUCUAAAAUUAAACCUAAAUUGAUAGUAGGUAAACAUGAUUUUUCUUUUAACUGGGUGUUUCCACAGAUUUAUUCCCCUUAUAUUUCUUUGGAAAAUUAAUUUAGCUAAUUGGAAAAUAAUAUGAUUAUAUUGAUUUGUUUAGAAAUAGUUUUACUUAGCUGAAGGGGUUUUUUUAUUUUCCUUGUGUUUCCAGUGAAUGAAUUACAUUUUCUCUACUCAGAACUCAAAUUCAGCCGUAAUUGACUAGACAAUGUCACAAUAUUAUUAGGAAGAUGUCUCUUGAUAUUUUUCUCUUUCUUUGGUGUUUUUCUCUCUGUGGUGCAUUAUAUGGCAUUUGUGUGCCUGUGUGGAGUCAGUGUGUGUGGGAGGAGAUCUCUAGAGCUGAACUCCUUUGUGGUGUGAGGAAAAUGCAAACCUGUGCAGUCAGUGGAACUGUUUGCCCUGUCUGCCUGAGUUUGAGUGUCCUGCUGGAGCUGCAGUGCUCAGGGGGAGGGCAGCACCUGGAGCCUUAAGAACAACAGGCAGUGUGUUGUGGAAGAGUUAUUUAACCAUGAAAACCAAGUUACACCAAACAGGAGAUCAGGAGAAGUGCCUGGGCUGUUACAAUACUGGAGGGAGCUGGGACAGUGAAAGUGUGACCCUAAUGCUGCAAUAUUCAAAUUGAGCAGCACACAAUUAUUUUGACAAGUGAAAAAAAGGUGACAAAGGCCUUUUUCAUUUUCAAUCUGUUGACAUUUGCAGUGCAUUUCACCUUAGUGGCUAAGAUGGAGGUUAAAAUUCAGAUUUACUGAUGAGGUUAAGGAAAAUUUGCAUUUCCUUAGUGAUUGGUGGUUUACCAGUUCCUACAGUAAUAUUUUAGUGUGCUUUAUUGGAUGUAAUGCCAAAGGGAGCACCAGUUUAAAAGAAGAUUGAACCAGCUCUUGGUGUUGGGUUAGAACUAGAGACAUUCCACAGAGGGCUGUCUCACCUGGGUGCAUUCCCUGAGCACUGCACUGCAGUUCCAUGGCCAGUGUGGUAAGAAAUAACAAUUUGUUAGUGCCAGAACUGCUGUGACAGCCCUGCUGUUUGCCAGCACUGCCCAGGACUGGCAGAGUUUGCAAUGUCAAUCAUUAAAAGACUUUUUAGAAGUAGCACAAUCAUACCCAGUCUGGAAUUGUAAACUUCCAUCAAAGCAGUUUGGACAAAGACUGCAGAAAACCCCAAGCAAAUCCAAACCAGACAAAACCAAAAGAGCCCCCAAACAUCCCACACCAAAAUCAAGCCAAACCCACCUACUGAAAUACAAAAUGCAGUUCUCCAGAAGAUCCAUGCUUUUAGACUGGAGCUGCCAUCUGAAGUCAGGCUCAGGAUUGUGUCACACAGGUUUUAUCAGGUUUUGUCACUGCCAGGGUUGAAGGAUCAUUCCCAGAUCCUCUCCUGUGCUCCCUGAGCUCACUGUGCUUGGGGCAGAGCUCUGGGAGCUCUUGUGCCUCCCCAGGUUUAUGAAUUUGGUACCUUUCAAACCCUUGCAUCUUUCCUGGCCUAGAAAAAGGGUAACUUGGGGGUUUUCUCUGCAGUGAGGUCCUAGCCCCUGCUGAGGAGCAGAGUGGGGCAGUCACACCUCCUCUGGGAUCCUUGGGCAGGAGGGGUGAGCUUCCUUCAGCUGGGAAUGCCAGGGUUUAUUACUCAAUCAUUCCCUGAGCCUAGCACAGCUCUCAGGGGUAGAAUCCACAAGAGAACAGUAAUUUAAAAAACACUGAUUCACUUUGUGAAACAAAAACAAAUGUAAAUGUGUAAUUUCCUCAAUUUUGGGACCAAAGAUGAUUUUAGUAUUGUACAGUAUAUACUUUCAAAAAAAUCUUAAGCACUUAUUGCUCUGCAGAGACAUUAUUUACUAUUUGGAUUAUAUGGAAGGGAAAUGAAAUAGCUGUGAGAGAUAACUGCAUUUGAAAUAUUAAGAUAAUUUGAUGCAUACAUGAUUCAUUCCCCCUGAGUUAAUUUCACACAGUGUGUUGGAGGGGUACCUUUCAAAAACUGUUAUAUAAACUGCAGUCACACUAAAAAAACCCUUAAGGGAGACAAGACGGUAGAAAGUUUAAAUUUUUAAAAAAACUUGCUUAGAAAAGUGACAUUAAAUUGCGUCUCUCAGCCAGUUAGUCUUGCUUGUAAUUGCUAGCACAUAGGGAUAAUUUCUUUUAGUCCUUAAGGGUGCUGUUUAGCUCCAUAAAGGGUCUCAAACCUCACUGUAAAUAGAUUCAAACCUCACUGUAAAUUAAAGCAAACAGUUGAACUUGGUAGGAGCAGGGUGCUUGAGACAGUAACAGUUUGGAUGAGUCAAAGAGAGCCUUUAGACCUGGAAUCUUUGUGUAUUUCUGGGUGUAGAAAUGGCUAAAUUCUGCAGCCUGUGCACAGACAGCACAGUGUCAGACAGCAAGCUGUGCUGGAGCAGCAGCCUGGGAGCUGUCAGUGCUGGCACAGCCUUUGCCUCUCCCUGCUCAGGCUCCUCAGCCUCAGCUGAGCUUUGUGCCAUGUCCCUGUGCUGUGCAAACAGCCCCAGCAGGAGCUCCUGCAGCCACACAGGAACUCACUCCUGUCUGAGUAAAGCCAGUUCCUUCUUCCUCUCCACUUUUUCCUUUCAUUUCGAAUAUUUGUGCCUCAUGGAUCAAAUGCUUUAAUAUUUAAUUUUUGCUGAGCCUUGUUUGUUGGUCUGUGUAGUGUCUGCUGCAGUGCCAGGAACAUCAGAAUGUGUCCAACAUCCCUUUAUUUCAGCUGUGGUGCUCUUCCCUUUCCUGAUGGAUAUUCUUUCCUCUGGGACUGUGGAAAGUUGGUGCUGGUGUGAGAUUCCUGGUAGGAGCCAUGUGCUUGGAUCUUGGGAAGGUAAAGGGGUAAAAUCUCCCUGUGCCUUCUGAGAUCUGUGCUGCUCACUGGAUUCAGGAGCACAGCAUUAGCAAAGAUGUGUGCCUUGGCACAGCUCCUCACCUUUCAGGUAGAAGGUGUAAAGUAUAAGGUAGAAGGUGUCUUUUCCAUGGGAUUUCACUACAGGAGCAGUGUGUGUUGCUCUUCCAUGGGCUUUGUCACAUGCUGUGACAGACACUUGCUAGUGUUUGUUUGUCACUCUGCUCUCAUGGUAUUGACUCACCUCUGCAUUUCAUUGCUGCUUCUAGAAGGAGGAGGGGAAGGCUCCCACUCUUCCCUAAGGCAGUAGUUUAUAGUAGUUUAUUUUCCCCUCCCAGCAGGGCAGAGUCAGGAAUUCAUGAAGUGCUGAGGACACAGCAGCAGAGUGGAUCUGCUGCAGGCUGCACUGGACUCUCCUGAGUCAGUUCACCACCAGCUUUUUGUGAGCUUUAAGGUCACUAAAUGAAUUUGGUAUUUGUCACCUCUCUGCUGUUUUGGGGGUGUGCAGGCACAGCAAAUGCUUACCUAAUUUGUGGCUUUAUUAAUGCAAUCCUUUCUUCCUCCCUCUUCCUUAGUCCUCUUUCUGCAUCUGUUAUUUUCUUGUCUCAUGUCAACUUUGUAAUCAUUUGUACUUGUUUUCUUUUGUGAGGGAAAAAAAAACUCACCAAAAAUCUAAAAUAAGCAAGAAUAAUGGUUUUAGGGCAUAAUUAAAAAAUGAAACCAAACUUAAGAGCAGUUCAGAUAGUGUAGGAAGCAAUAUCCUCUCUCCUACUCAGCAGGGAUACUGAACAACUUUGUCCAUGGAGGAGCAUGAAGAACAGUUCCUGGAAGCUCUGGAGCCAAAAGUCUUCAGCAGGCAUUCAGGGUAAUAAAAAGGCACAGUCUGAUAAGGAAUGGAGCUGUGAGAAGGACAUUUGACAGUCCAGUGCUUUCACAGUGAUACAUGAACAGUGAGAGCCCCCAGCAGGUGUGGUGAUGUCAGGGGGCUGGGGAAGGGCUGGGAUUGUCCAGGCUCAGCUCAGAGGGGGAUCCAGGCUGGUCCCUUCCCCACGGGAAGGAGCAAAGCCAACGUCAGGCACUUGGCUCAUGUUCCUUGUGGCAUGAAAUGGUGGCUUGUUCAUUGUCUGCAGGGCCAGCAGAGCUCAGAAUCACUGUGCAGACAGACGUGUCCUGGGUGGGAGUUCUAAUGGCAUUUUAAAGCUAUCCUGAAAUCAGUACAAAAAUGCACAGAAUGUCUGAAAAUACUUGCUAGAAAUUAUGCCAUGUUGCUGCCUUUAUUUUGACAGAGGGAGUUGGUUAAAAUAAAUUUAUACAAAUACUCAGGAAGUCUCUGAAUGACAUUUUAGAGAGCUUUCCUGGCAUAUUAUUUUCCCUGUCAGCCACUUGGCCACCUUGAUAGAUCUGCUAAACCAAAUCAGAGUGGUGCUGUCCAACCUGAAAGGGUUCCCUUGUUUUGUUUUGUUUUGUUUUGUUUUUUCUUUUUCUUUUUUCAUUUUUUUUUUUUGUGUUGUAUUUUAAAAAUCUGUCUAUAAUUUAACCAUUUGUAUACUAAAAAUAAUCUUUAAAAAAAUUUGCCUACACUGUGAUUUCUGGUAGCCUUUAAUUUAGAGUAUACAACACAAUCUAAUUUUCUUUUGGGAUAUGCAGCUUUCAAGAAGUGUUCUUAUUAUAUGCCCAGAAAUGAAAGUUGUCUAUUUAUCAUAGGAAUGUGAUUAGAUAAAGUAACCUAUCCAGAAUCCCAGUGCAGCUCUUCCAUAUGUGCUGGCUGGACGAGUUAAUGAAAUUGCCUUUUAAUCUCUAUGGGUUAAUAAAUAUUUUUUUAUAACUAGCCACAGAUAUUCCUUUUUAAAUUAUACUUGGCAAACAGAAGAUAUUUAAUUUUAUAUGCAGUAUACAUAGUUACCUUGAUUGACAUAUUUAUAACCUAGACCUUUGUGUUUACUAUGAAGGUUUUAUCUGUAUCCCGUGGACUUCAUGGGUAAAACUUUAAAAAGCCAGUUAGCAUUUAUGGAAGGAGAUGGGAACUUUUUCAUGGCUUCAGAAUGAGGACAUAGGAGCAUUUAAAAGGCAAUAGCCAGGUUGUUUUACAGAGUAUCUAGGGGGGUUCUUAUUUUUUGAUUGGGGCUGGUCCCUGCAGCUAUUUUAAUAACAUCUGGAUGUGAGUAACAGAAUGGAAUAUGAGCAUCUGCCUCUUCUGACUGUCACAGGCUAUUGUCUAGAGCACAGGAAAUUUCAGGGUAUUGUAUUGUUUUGCUUUGGACAAAUGUCUCAAUAGACAUAUUUAAUUAAAACCUUCAUGUGUCUGAAAAGAAAACAUCCUCUCUUAACUAGGCUGAUUUAUCACUUUUGGUACCCUUUUAAUCCCAAAAAGUAGUGUUGUCUAAAUAUUUUUAGUGAUGUUGCAGCUGUCUUGAUGUCUGCAGGUUAAAGUGGUCCUGGCUAGCACCCUUUUAUUACAACAAUUGCUACCUUCAUUUUUCUACUGUUUCUACUUUAAUCUUGAAUGUUUACCAGUUUCUAUUGUCGGAUCUUGUGGAGGGAGAGUGUCUUAGCACUACAGCUCAUCCAGCUUUAACUCAUACAUGACAGUCCUUGAGCAAGAAAGUAUUUUGAAUUAUAUAUUGUGGCCAAUUUAUUGCAUUUUAAAAUGAUUUAUAUACUUUAGACACAACAACAUUUAUGACAUAAUAGGACGAAUGACUUAGCUAAUCAUUAUAUCUGUCUAGACUUACUCUCUUCUGUGUUAGUGUCAUUUUGAAACUAUUUGUAUAUGUUGAAGUUUGUAAGGGUUCAGGAACCCACAAUUAAAUAGUAAAGUAUGUAUUUAUUUGUCAUUAUAAUGCUCAAAUUUGAUUUGGAAGUUGACACUUUGUAUGUCUUUUCACAGAAUUGUAAACAAAUACCGAAAAUCUGCUUCACCUAGGGUGCCUUCCAUGUGUGGUACAAACACUUGUCAUUCACAGGAAUAGAGAUGUAAAUUUAUGAAUCCAGUAAACACUAUUUUUGUAAUGUGAGUCACUAACACAGCUCUGGCCUCGUUGUGCUUUGUUCCCACCAACACCAGGUUUAGGCUGCUGUGCUCUGCCUUCCUCCCUGUGAGCACUGAAUGUCACCCCUGGGGAUCACAGCUUGUGUCUCCUUUGCUCUGCCCUCACUUUCCUGAGCACAUUCCUGGUGCUCCAGAUUCCCAUCUGACAGGAAAGGGAAUUGCCUCACCCAUCCUUGGGCCUUGUGGAGGGAUGCUCAGUGUGGGGUGUCUGUAUCCUCAGGGCUGACUCUGGCUCCUCUGGACAGACUCCACAGCCCAACCCAAACAUUCCAAUUCUAGCUCAUCAUUCAUCAUUUACAGCAUCUGAGGAGGGAGCAUCCAGGCCUGACCAAAAGACUCUCUCCCUCUGGGUUACAGGUGCUCUAUUGACAAGUUUGUAAUUGCAAACAGCUCAGAGGUACUAUGGAAACACCAGGUUAGAAUUUCAUUCAGGCUGAGCAAAGGGGAUGCAAUUUUCCUUUUAUCAUGAGCACAAGUCUGCUGUGCAGUGCCCUUGGUACGUUGCUUUUGGAGUAAAAGCUGCAAUGUUCUGUCCUGGAGAGCCCUUGGUGCAUCCUGGUGAGGUCUGAGGGCAGCACCCAGCUGCUGUCCUGCCCUGGCACUGCCCCUCACCCCAGGGGCUCCCCUGAGCACCAGAUCCUGCUGCAGGACUGGAGAGUUUCAGCAGGCAGCACCUUCCCCUGGAUUCAGCUCACAGCCCUGGAGGAUUUCCCAUUGCUGAGCUCUGGAGCUGCAGCAGCUGCUGCAGGGUGGUGCCUCCAGCUGGGAGCACCUUCCUGCUGUGCCCACAGCUGGAACUCUGCUGGCACAGCAGCACCUGCCAGCUCUGGGUGGGAAAGGUGUCCUGGCAAUGCCUGACCAAGCUCAAAGGUACUCUACAAGAAAACACAACCUCCAGCUUGUUUCCACACCAGUAACCAUCUUUCAGUUGUGUUCUUUCUGUUGGUGUCUGUGCUAAUCAAAAACACAAGCUGAAGAACUGUAAAGUCUUGCAAUACACAAACAGUCUUGGUUUUAAAAUCCAUGCUGUUGCAGCAUAAUUUAAAUGGUGUAUUUAUCAGUUUUAAAUGUCAUUUUGCUUUUCCAGUCUUUUGUAUAUGGGCACAACACUUUUUGUAUUUUUUUAAAUUUAGUUGUCUUUCUGUCUUUUCUUUCUGGUAUUGGAAGAUUUGAGCUCUCUGGGUUUUCAUGGUACUCUUCUGAUCAUUCUUCAUAGUGGUAAAAGUCUGUAUUUUUGUAUGUAGGAGAAAUGGUAGUUUUCUAACACUUAGCCCAAUCAAUAUAGUAUGGAAUCAUUUGUGAAGGACUUCCUGUUUAAUAAAUGGACAUAUUAAAGUA